GGCGUGCAGUUAACAGCAAACCACAACGCAACAGUUGGAGCAGCGGAUCUGUACUGCCGCCACCCACUCGAGCUCAGAACCGUGCGAGAUGACUCCAAGGUUAAAUGAUCAGGAGAUCUUCUGCGACUCGACGAAGACGGACCCGAUUCUAUGGUUCCGCAAGUUCGAGCUCAAGUUGCAGCUCCACUACAUCAGCGAACACGAGCACCACACAUACUUAUACUCCCGGUCGAGGGGCGCGUGCCAAGCAUGGUUGGACAAUCUCUUGUCCAAGUACGGAGUGGUGACUGCCGACUUGUACACCAAGAUCAGCUGGGAUGAUCUAAAGGCGGCGUGGCAUAAGCGGUUCCAAGUAGAGCCGUCGGAGAUCAAGGCAAUGGACAAGCUGAUGACCUUCAAACAAGGCACGCUGCCGAGUGUUGAUUGCCGAGUACCAACGCUUGACAUCCGUCCCAUACCUUCAAAUGGGCUUCAAGGCCGUCAAACACUACUCCAUCUCGAGGUCUUGUCCGACGUUGGGCAAUGCCUUGGCUCACGUCGAGGACACCCUAACGACAACGGUGGAUCUCUUCAACAAGGCCGCGCAGACGGGGCCCCGGAGACUGACAAAGGGCUGUCCGCCGUUGCGCAGAUCUCCCACGACCUCGUGGCCACCUGCGCUCUGCAGCAGGAGGAAAUCCUUCACCUGCAGCAGACAGUGGACCAGAUGUUUACACGGCUGCAGGCGUUGGAGAAACAGCCAGCUGUUGUAGCAGCCGCAGGGCCUUCCAACCUUACCACCCGCGUUCAAGUUUUGGAGGAUGACGUCAGCAACAUUAAGCGUGUGCAUCAGGAUUUCCGGACGUCGCAGCAAGCAACGAACUUGCAGUUGGAGACGCAGGUCCAGGCUGCUGCCACCGUGACGCCCGCGGCCGCAUCCUCCCGGCGCCCACCCAAACUGGAUGACAUUCAAGUUUUCUGCGAUCAGUCCAAGACGGAACCGAUCCCGUGGCGGCGCCAGUUUACUCUCAGGCCCGACAUGCCCCAUGUCCCGAACAGCGAUCGACAUCCGUGCUUGUACCACCGAUCUGGUGGUGCAUGUCAAGCAUGGCUGGACAACAUCUUGACCAGCCACGGCGUAGCAGUGUCGGAACUGCACACCAAGCUCACUUGGCAGGAGUUGACUGACGCCUGGCACAAGCGAUUCCAAGUGGAACCGCCCGACCUGCAAGCGAUGGACAAGCUCAACAAGCUCCAUCAGAACACGCUGCUCAGGGAAACCCUGUUCGGGAAAGUAGGCGCCACCGAGGGUGACUCGACACCUCCCUCGACGCCAUCGGAAGCGGUUGUGCGCACGACCGCCCUUUCUUCCGAGGCAUAUGCGGAUGUCGGGAGUCUUCCACUUUCGUUCAAAGACUUCGCUGCCCGGCUCGUUCCUUCACUGGAUGCUUCUCAAGGACAAGAUACAUGUGCGGCUUUCUCACCGUCCGAAGGUUCCUCCGCCACUUCGUCUUCAUCAAGGGAUUCGGCAAGCGCGUUCAACGAGGAGGCUUUGGACCCGCUCACGCCCGAGGAUUUCGCUUGGGCUCCUCUCCCUACGACGGGCAACCUUCCGGGGCYGCAAAGCGCARCACUAUKCGCCCUCUUACACGAGUAUCUUUCCUUCCAUGCACCACCAACUUCGYCGACGGUWGACGAAGUCGCGGUGGGGGACAUGCUUGGCUAUGUUGCCAAGGUGGGCCGCGAGUUUGUCUCGCAACGGUACGCAGAAAACAACGCACCGUUGCUGUACGUUCGCAUUCAGAUUGGGCAAGCGGCCUGCAACGCUUUGCUAGAUUGCGGCGCAACUCGCAACUUCAUCAGCCAGKCCUUCAUGACUCGGGCUGGCCUUGGCGCACAAGUACGGAGGAAGUCACAUCCAACGACGGUCGCUCUUGCCGACGGUAAGACGAAACAGCUCUUAGACCGUUACAUCUCGGCUGUCCCGGUGUACUUUGCACUGCACGCAUGUGAACCCGUCACUUUUGACGUGUUGGACACCAACUUCGAUGUCAUUUUGGGGAUGCCUUGGCUUUCUAGCGCGGACCACACGGUCAACUUCCAUCGACGCACGCUCACGAUUCGUGAUGCAGCUGGCGUCGAGGUCCCGUGUACUAUUCCUCCUCGCUCUUCCAUUCGGUGCCAAGUCGUGAGUGCCAAAUCUUUUCGAGACACAUGCCGUUCCGAGCAUGUCGAAGAGAUUGGCAUCACUUUUCUUCGAACCGUCCCGACGACCGACUCAUCGUCCACGGAUUUGUGUUCCGACCCCCGUGUGACCCGGUUGUUAGAUGAGUUCUCGGAUGUUUUUGAGACACCCUCCGUUCUCCGUGUGCAACUCGACGAUCUUCUUGACAAGGGUUGGAUCCGCCCUAGCAGCUCACCUUACGGUGCGCCCGCUCUUUUGGUUCGGAAGAAGAACAAGGACCUUCGACUUUGCAUUGACUACCGACGCCUCAACGCGCAAACCAUCAAGAACGUGGGGCCUCUACCUUGCAUUGACGAUUUGCUUGAGCGGUUGGGCGGCGCCAAGUACUUUUCGAAGUUGGACCUCAAGUCGGGCUACCAUCAGAUUUCCAUCCGCCUGCAAGAUUGGUACAAAACCGCGUUUAAGACGCGAUAUGGGCAUUUUGAGUGGGUAGUUAUGCCUUUUGGCCUCACCAAUGCCCCGGCCACCUUUCAGGCGGCCAUGACCACCGAGUUUCGCGCUAUGUUGUCAGCCCGGUACAAAGCCAACCGUGACAAAUGUGAGUUUGUCCGGCAAGAGUUUGAAUAUUUGGGCCAUCUUGUAUCUCCGGAAGGCAUUCGUCCGUUGGCGGACAAGAUUCAAGCCAUCCAGGAGUGGCCCGAGCCGAAGAAUGUGUCGGGCGUCCGAUCCUUCAUCGGCUUGGCCGGUUCUUAUCAGCGGUUCAUCAAGGGUUACUCGAAGAUCGCAGCCAACCUAAGCAAGUUACAAAGAGAGGAGCGGCCUUUUGACUUCGACGAUGAUGCGCGCCAUUCCUUUGAAACACUCAAAGCGACACUCUUAUCCGCCGUGGUGUUACAUAUUUACGACCCGCUUCUAGCUACGCGCGUCACUACCGAUGCGUCGRGCUAUGGCAUUGGGGCCGUCCUUGAGCAGCACGAUGGCACGGACUGGCACCCGGUCGAGUACUUUAGCAAGAAAGUACCCCCCGUGCAUUCGAUUGACGACGCACGGAAGAAGGAGCUUCUUGCCUUCGUCCACGCCCCCAAGCGUUGGCGACAUUUCCUCCUUGGUCGGAAAGCAUUCCGAUGGCGUUUCUAUUGGCCCAACCUUCUCAAGGAUGMCACCCGCUAUUGUGAGUCGUGCGAAGUCUGUCGGCGUUGCAASUCACGCAACCAUUGUCCGUUCRGCGAGCUACACCCACUACCAGUUCCCCUUGGGCGACGGGAAGCGAUUGCUAUGGAUAUCACCGGCCCCUUCCCGAAGCACAAGACCGRCGUUGAUGGGAUCCUCACGGUCGCCGACYGCCUCACCAAGUACGCCAUGUUUUUGCCUUGCCGCUAUCACGCGAAGGCACCGGAGUUAGCUGAGGUCUUAUACACCGGUUGGAUUCGCUCCAAGGGCUACCCCAAGGAGAUCGUUUGYGACCGGGACACUCGCUUUCUCUCCGACUUUUGGGUCRCCCUCGUCRAAYGAUGGGGCUCAUCUUUGAAGCCGAGUUCGGCUCGCCACCCGCAAACCGAUGGUCAAAYGAAAAGUGCGCAUCAUACCGCUCAAGUCCUUCUUCGYACUCUCAUCCGUCCURACCAGGUUGAUUGGGCUGAGCGCUUGCCAGACGUUGAGUUGGCUUGCAACUCAUCGAUCCAUCCGGCUAUCGGGAUGUCGCCAUUCGAGUUUGAGCAUGGUUYACCCAUCUCAUCGCUGYUGGACGCCAGUUUGCCGCGCACRGCCGAGAGCGACGACCAUCUUGCGUUCCUUCGUCGCAUGCAAGAGCUUCUUGUCAAGCCACGGGAUCAGAUGUCAAAGACGCAAAUACGGAUGAGCCGUCAAGCCAACCGCAAUCGCCUUCCUUGCCCGUUCCGCGCCGGCGAUCUGGUUUGGGUCUCCGCCGCGGAGUUCAGCCUUGAGCAAGACAUCUCUCGCAAGCUCCUUCCCAAAUGGAUGGGGCCUUGGCGCAUUCUCUCUGCAGUUGGUGAUGAUCCCGAGGGGCCUUCAUUCCGCAUCGCGGUGCCACCUCACUUGCCCGUCCACACGGUGUUCCACUGUUCCAAACUCGCUCCUUUC